CCUUUGUUCCAGCCUCGUGUUUCCUCCGGAGGGUUUAAAGCUCGUGCAGCAGUCAGAGCACGGUAAAGUUCCUCUGUAUGGAAGCGUCUCUGUUAUUAGUCCGAUAGUGUCAUUAGAUCGAUAGAUUACUGUAUUCCCGUGAUGCAGUGCGGCUGGUCUCUGUUAGGUCCGCUGCAGUGGAUCCGUUACAUCAACAAACAGGUGAAGGUGAAGACGGGAAAAGAUGAAGAACACCGCGGCUGGCUGCUCACCGUGGACCCGGUGUCCGCGAGUCUGGUUCUGGUGAACUUCCAUGACGAUGCGGUUGGGGGGGGCCGGGCCUCGGUUCAGGUGGUCAUGGGUCACGCUGUGCAGGAGGUGCAGGUCCUGCAGGAUGCGGACCAGGAGACCACGGAGCGCCUGCAGAGCUCCUUCCUCCCCCCGAGGGCCCGCCCCCUGGCCCCGGAGCAGCUGGGCCAGCGGCGGGCCGGCGUGCGCCGCUGGCUGGAAGAGAACCGGGUCCCGGUGCAGGAAGACGGAGAGGAACUGCUGGUCGCCGGCGCUCUGACCAUAAUGGCGCCGUAUGGACCCGAGGACUGCUGCAGCUCCAACCAGAUCAUACUGGACCGCGUCCAGAGACUGAUCCAGAGUCAGCCGGCAGCACUGCCCAAUCAUGGCGUAGAGUCGCCCAAUCACAGAGCAGAGGCGCCCAAUCACAGCGCAGCUCUGCCUGCCAAUCAACCCAUUCAGAGACUGAUCCAGAGUCAGACGGCGCCACCAGCCGACCAAUCAGAGCGCAGCAGCUGUGACUGACUGUCUGGGACAGUUUGAGUUCAGAUUAAGUUUUGUUUUCUGUCUUUUGUCCAAUAAAAAUCACUGAAGGUUGAA